AUGUUCAACAGUCAACCACAAUUCACAAUAAAAGCUGAGAAAAACAAAGUGUUUGACGAAUCCUGUCAUAUUGGAACGUUCAACAUUGGAAGUGGAAACAUAGCAGAUUGUCUCGAGCACUGUUUGGAGAGCUGUCGGUGUCAGUCGUUUCAAAUUUGUAACAAGACAAAAUGUCAACUGUGUUCAAGUCACAAGAAAGAGAAGAGUUCAUUGCUUCAUGACAAAGAUGACUGCGUCUAUGCUACCUACGAGGUGCGACAUUUGACAGGACAUUUUCAGGUGUGUAAAUACGUUGAUUACCAAUCUCGUUCCCAGAGUAUGCAUGCCUGUUCGCGGGUUAUACCCCGCGAACAGGCAUACUCACAUGAUAAUAUAUUGGUAUAGUGUAGAAGUGAAUUCAUAUCCUUUUGUAAUGAUUAUUUAUAAAAGCUAUAAAAGUCAAAUCCAUAUUUAUAGUAGAUGUACACGCAUUAAAUGGUGGUAAAGUGUAUUUUCUUGAGCCGUGAAUAGCCAAUAUUUGUUCUCGUAAAAUGAGGGAUUUUAGAUUUAUUUAACAUGAUCUAAAAUUACUAAAUGUUUGAUUGAUUUAAUUAGUGCCAUAGUAGUGUGUCUCAUGGGAAGCGAGAAUUUAUUUCAGGCCGGUAGAACAAAGACUGGAGGACGAUAGUGAGAAAUGCGAAUGUGAAGAAGAGCGAUGCAUGCUUCGGAUCAGUAACAAUUUUACUGCAUGCAUGCAUGCAUGUAGUAUUUACUUGAUUUUUGCUAGAAUUAAAUAUCUAUUGGUUUGAAAAAGUCUUUCGAUGUUGAGAUGCAUAUAUAUAUGAAGAGAUUGAAAGGUUUCUUUAAAAUUUUCGUCUUUUGAGAAAAAUCAACAAAAACGCAAAGUCAAAACUUUUAAGAAAAGUUUAUAUUUUUUUAGAAAUUGGAAGAGUAAUGUUCAGGCAUGAGUUGUUUAAUUAAUGAAGUACAAUUGUUGUCAACAAUCUGGUCUCUGUGUCAAGAACUCAAUAUGCAAACCAAUCAACUCCCUCAAACAGCCCUGGAAACGUUUUGCCUGCGAAUGCCCGGAGGGUUACCAUGGAGAUAACUGUGACGAGCCAAUCACAUCAUGUGGAGGGUAUUUAGACGGUCCUCGAAAAUCGGGCAUGUACAAAGUAAUGGAUUCUGAAAAGUCAAUGCACGAAGUCUACUGUCAUUUUCAAUCUGAUGUAGCUUGGACUUUGGUGCAGUCUUACAGUUUUGCAAAUGGUUCUUCCAACAGUGAAUUUAAGCAAGUCCGAAAAUCAUUAUGUGAAAGUCAUCCUCUCAGGGAAAAUGCUUUAACAUGGAGUGGUUAUCGAUUUAGCAAAGCGAGGAUGGAAUCUAUCAAAAAUAAUUCAACUUUCCUGCAGUUUACCUGUGACUAUGAGAAACACCUUGAUCAUACAGAAAUCGGACUAUGCCCAAAUUCGACUUCAAAUUAUUACGACCGAUGUUCUUGA